AUGUUUGUAUAUAGAUAUACAAGUACGUUUUAUUUAACAUUUAUCCAUGGUAUUUCGCCAGAAGCAGAACAUUUAUUUGAUUUACCAAAUCAAUGGCCCUCUUAUUGUGGCAAUGCAAAUACAGGUUUUAAUGUAGAUCCUAUGCAUGGAUUUGUAGUAACUCCAGAUGGUCAAGAUCAUUUUUCAUUGAAAUUAAACACACCACCAAUUCGUUCACUUGGUAAUCAAGUGACAGUUGAGUUUAAAGUACAACCAAAUUGGUAUUACAAUGGUACACGAUGUGCUCAAUUUAAUUCAAUUAUUUUCGAUAAAGAAAAUUGGAACAAACCACAACAAGUUGAUAUGUCUUUUGGUGAUUAUGGUUGUUGCACAUAUGCAAUUACUGCAAAUGGUGGUGGAUAUGAAUGGCAAUAUCAAGUACAAACAUUUGUUGUUUAUGCAUGUGAUGGACAAGCUGGAUAUGGCUGCAAAGGCAAAGAACCAUGUGGAGCCUGA